UAUGUAGAGUGUAGAAAACAGUUGAAAUUAAAUAACGAAAUGAUGAAACUGAAUUUCCUGUUCAUUUCUAUUUUGUAUUUUAUUCAUCUGCCCACAAUUGAAGCUGGUUUUAGUGAUUACAUAAGUAGCGUUGGAAGUUAUUUUGGGUUGCAUCCUAAUGAAAAUAAAGAUGACGGUGGAGAAUUUUACAAUAAAAUUCCAUACGAAGUUUCUACAGUCGAUGAGAAGUUUUUGAACGAAGCUGCUAAACUUACAGGAGUAGCUUUAACGGAAUUGGAUUCAUGCCAGCAAAGGGUUGUUUUAAAAUUAAAGUCUGAUUGCGAUAAGAUGAAUGAUGAACAGUUGGCAAAAAUGGCCGUACAUUUGUUAAAUUGCCAGUCAUUUGUUGAAGGACGACAGAUAUAUUCCUGUACAGAAGAAAUGAGUAUAAAAGAUUGUACAACUAGUAUGGAUUCAGAUACUUGGACUAGUUACCAUUUAAUGAGCAAUAGAGCUAGAGCAGUUUGCUAUACUAUUCGUCAGAGUCAGUUUCGUGGUCUUGCUGAAUAUACAGUAAACCGUUUAAUGGAUGCAGCAAAAGAUCAAUUAAGGACUCUAGGGAAAAUUACUAAUAGCCAAGAGAAUUUGAGGAAUUUAGCUGAAACUACUUAUGAAACUUUGAAUAAAGGUCAUGAACAUUUAUUCGAACAACAAAAACAUAUACAAAGUGCUCAGUUUCAUGGACAACUUGCUUUAGAGAAUAAUAUUAGACGGUUAAUAGAUGAGAAGCGUUUAAUUUCUGAUACUCAUAAAGAGUUAAUUCAAAUGACUCAAAACAUGCAAAAUAAAUUGGGAUAUUCGCUGCAGCAGCUGGAUCAGCAUGGCCAAGAAAGUAAAUUGAAUCAUAAGGAGUUGAUAGAAGAUGUUUUGGAAAUUCAAGAGAAAGUGCAAGAAGUAUUUAAAAAAAUAGAACAAUCUUCGCUUAUGUUAUUAAGACAGAAUGAGGAUUUUAAAGCUCAGUACGAGUCGACCUUGAAAAAUUUGCAAGAAGUUAAUGAAACGGUUCAUAGUUUAGUAGCUUUAGUUGGAGGAACUCGAAAGGCAUUAGAAGAACGAUUGACUUGGAUUACGACAGCUUUAGGUGGAACAGAUUUAACAGUGGAACGUUUGUAUCUAAUUUUAUGGCAUUCUGCAUUUAUGUUGAUAGCGAUGCUAGCUUGCGCAUUUUUAACUGCAAGAACAAGCACUCGUUUGAUUGUAGCAACUUUACCACCUCUUAAUUUAGCCCUCGCUUUAUAUGGAGAAUGUCACCUGGACUUUGUUUCACUUAUGGGCUUUAUAGGAUGUUUUAUUGUUAGUCAAGCAGUGUUACUGUCUGCAUUAUCUUUAAAAUCUGGACCAAAACAAGCAUUACAGUGGAUUACUAAAAAAAAUACAACAUUUAAAGAGAAUAUUACAAAUUAUUCGCCGAAAGGAUUUGUCAGUUCUACUAAUGGCAGUCAAACUCAACUGUCAUAUCACCUUAAUUCCAGCCAUUCUAAACUAAUUAAUAGGGAGGAAGAUGACUUAGAUUAUAGAAAUGAAGUCGCAGAUAAUUUUAAUGAAGAUUUCCACUCUUUAACUCCACCAGUGUCCAGAAAUGGGCAUUAUUCUGUUAGAUCUAGAAGUAGAAGUAAUACUCCUCUGCGUUUAAAUACUAGUUUGAAAGGUUCAUGUCAUGCUAAAACUAGGAUGGGAACUCCUUGUAAGCUGACAUCUUUACCUGGCCGUGACUAUUGUUAUCGGCAUCAAACAGGUGAUUCUGUGAUGGGUUAGUUUAAGUUAGGUUAAUCUCAUUUAUUUGAUAUUUUUAUGUCAUGAAUUCUCUGCCUAGGACUUAGAUCUGAAGGCAGUGGCGGCUCCUGACAUUGUGAUUAGGUGAGGCCGGUGGCUUUUUAACUAGGUGCGCAAGAAAUAAAAAAAAUAAAUUUUUAGUUGCAUUUAUGUUAUAAUUGAAAAACUGAUGUU